UGUCAUCUUCUUCUCAUAACUAACCAGCUUCGUAAAGAUCUUUCGUCAACCAAUCAUUUUCAUUCUUCGCUUGCUCUUCACUGUCUUUCCACAAUCGCCGCUCUCGACCUAGCGCGUGAUCUUACUCCCGAUCUUUUUAAUUUGUUAUCGUCUUCUAGGGUUUUUAUUAGGAACAAAGCUAUUGCUGUUGUUUUGAGAGUUUUUUAUAAGUAUCCUGAUGCUUUUAGGGUUUGUUUUAAACGAUUGGUUGAGAAUCUUGAAAGUUCUGAUCCUCAGGUUGUUGUUGCUGUUAUUGGAGUUUUCUGUGAACUUAGUUCUAAGGAUCCGAGAUCCUAUCUUCCUUUGGCGCCUGAAUUUUAUAGAAUUUUGGUUGAUUGUAAGAAUAAUUGGGUUUUGAUUAAGGUUUUGAAGAUUUUUGCUAGGUUGGCUCCUUUGGAACCUAGGUUAGGGAAGAGGAUUGUUGAACCUAUUUGUGAGCAUAUAAGGAGAUCGGGAGCGAAAUCGCUUGUUUUUGAGUGUGUGAGGACUGUGAUCACUAGUUUGAGUGAUCAUGAGCCUGCUGUUAAGUUGGCAGUUUCAAAAAUUAGGGAGUUGUUGGUUGAUCAGGAUCCCAAUCUUAGGUAUCUUGGUUUGCACGCCCUUUCUGUUGCUGCACCCAAGCAUUUGUGGGCAGUUUUGGAGAAUAAGGAUGCUGUGAUUAAGUCUUUGGAUGAUGAAGAUUCAAAUAUUAAAAUUGAGUCGUUGCGGUUGUUGAUGGCCAUGGUCUAUGAGAGCAAUGUGGUGGAGAUAUCUAGGGUGUUGCUUAAUUAUGCGUUGAAAUCUGACCCGGAGUUCUGCAAUUAAAUUUCAAAUGAGAAUCCAACAAUGAGAAGCAUUUGUUAGAGGGGUUAGGUUGAGGCAUGAGGUGGAAAGGGAAGAGGACAAGGGAUCCAAGCUCAAUAUAUAUUAUCCCGUGCAUUAUAAACAAACAAAAAAACUCAUAAUUAAAAUCACAUUAAACACGUCAUUCGGUUAAAAAUAAGGUUUAAAUGCAUUUGUGUUUUUUGGUUGGAUUUAUUGGAAGUUCAUGAUAAUCUGGUACACCAUUUACACCUCCCGGCUCAACACACCUCCUCUGACAAAUGCUUCUCAAACAACUAUUUCGGUUCUCACUUGAGAUUCAAUCAUUUUGUGGCGAUAUCUCAAAAUCAUUCUUCAACAUCUCUCCCAUAUUCCGUUAUUCUCAGCCUUUUUCCCUAAAACAAAUACAAAAAUUGCUAUGAUAAAAAUUACUUUUAUGGAAGAGACUUUUUAUAUUGUUGUAAA